AUGGCAGCGGCGACGGAGGAGAAGGUGAGGAAACAGAUAGAGUUCUAUCUGAGCAGCAGCAACUUGAUGAAGGACAAGUUUCUGCGGCCCAUCGUGCAAGCCGAUCCGAAGGGCUACGUGGACGUGGCGAUGUUCGCCAAUUUCCCACGGGUCCAAUCUAUCACUCGCGAUUUGGAGCUGCUCGUGCGUGCCCUGCGCAAAUCGUCCACGCUCAAGGUCAAUCGGGACGGCACGCGUGUAAAGAGGAAGGAGCCCUUUGUCGAAUACGACACUGAAGCCAACACCGUCUACGCGGAGCACUUGCCCGAAGGAUAUGACCACGAUGUGGUGCGUGGCAUGUUCGAGCAGCAUGGAGCGGUCAACUACGUGUCGCUCCCGCGCAACCCGGACAAGUCGUUCAAGGGCUUCGCCUUCAUCGAGUUCGCCCAGCACGACGGGGCCGUCGCCGCCGUCAACGCUCUCAACGCCUUCCACCCCACCGACAACCCCACGGGCCUGCGCGUCUUGCACAAGAAUGACUGGCUGGAGAUGAAGAGGAAGUUUCAGCAGAUGCAGCGAGGAAUCACCUCGCGGCCUGCCAGCCUGGCCAAGAAGGAAGAGGAGGAGGAGAAGGACGAAGGUGCAGAGGAAUCGAAACCGGACGUGAAGAAGAAGGAGAAGGAGAAGGAGAGCGACGACGAAACGACAAGCAGCAAGAAGAAGGCGAAGAAGAGAAAGCGAAGCAGUGAUGGAAAGGAGGAAUCAAAAAAGAAGAAGAAGAAGAGCAAGAAGGAGGAGGAAGAGAACAAAAAGAAGAAGGCAAAGAAGCAAAAAUCGGAGAGUGAUGAAGAACAGAAGGAGAAGAAGAGAAAAAAGAAGGAGAAGAAGGAGAAGACCAAAGAUGAAGAAACGAAAAAGAAGAAGAAGAGUAAGAAAGGCAAGGGAGAGGAAGAAGACAAGAAGAAGAAGAAGUCAAAGAAGAACAAAUAA